UCUCUCUCGCCUGGGGAAAACCAAACCCUAGAAAAACGAGAUCCCGAUCCGACUCUUAUACACCGAAAUCAGGCACAUGCUCCUUCCCAUAGUUUCUUUCCGGGGAACCAGCGUACCAAACAUAGAAGAGAAAUAAAGAAGAAGUACAAGAUGAAGCGGUGGCUCUGUUGUACUUGUGAUGCAGGGGAUUCUUACCAUGCAAAUGAUGACUUCCAAAAAAGCCCAAAGGACUUUACAGAUGGAAACCAAAAAGGCUCAAAGAUGUCUGCACCAGCCAAGAGUGAACCACAGAAAGAACCACCCCCAAUUGAAGUACCUGCAUUAUCUUUGGAUGAGCUGAAAGAAAAGACUGAAAAUUUUGGUUCGAAGUCUUUAAUUGGUGAAGGUUCAUAUGGAAGAGUAUAUUUUGCUACUUUAAACAAUGGAAAAGCUGUGGCAAUUAAAAAGCUUGAUGUUUCAUCUGAGCCUGAGUCCAAUGUUGAGUUUCUGACCCAGAUUUCAAUGGUUUCAAGACUGAAGCAUGAAAAUCUUGUUGAAUUGUUGGGUUACUGUGUUGAAGGAAGUCUCCGUAUCUUAUCGUAUGAAUUUGCUACCAUGGGAUCUCUACAUGACAUUUUGCACGGUAGAAAAGGAGUUCAAGGCGCACAACCAGGUCCUACUCUCGACUGGAUGCAGAGAGUGAGAAUUGCUGUUGAUGCAGCAAAGGGACUUGAGUAUCUUCAUGAGAAAGUUCAGCCUUCUAUAAUACACAGGGAUAUAAGAUCAAGCAAUGUUCUCCUGUUUGAGGACUUCAAAGCCAAAAUUGCAGAUUUUAACCUUUCAAAUCAGGCUCCUGACAUGGCUGCUCGUCUUCAUUCUACCCGAGUAUUGGGAACCUUUGGCUAUCAUGCACCAGAGUAUGCCAUGACUGGUCAAUUGACUCAGAAAAGCGAUGUGUAUAGCUUUGGUGUCGUUCUUCUGGAGCUUCUGACUGGCAGGAAGCCUGUCGAUCAUACAAUGCCUCGGGGGCAGCAGAGUCUCGUGACUUGGGCAACUCCAAGACUGAGCGAGGAUAAGGUUAAGCAAUGUGUAGAUCCAAAGCUGAAGGGAGAGUAUCCUCCAAAAGGAGUUGCUAAGCUGGCUGCAGUUGCAGCGCUCUGUGUACAAUAUGAAUCUGAGUUCCGGCCAAACAUGAGCAUCGUCGUCAAGGCACUCCAACCACUUCUCACACAGAAGGCUGCUGCUCCAACUCCUGCUCCAGCUCCCGAGGUCUAAGGCUGCUGCUCCACUCCAGCUCCAACUCUUGCCCAAUCUCACAGAUGUGUUGGAACUAACUUGUGUCCAUGGUUUGGUUUUGUUGUUCGGCAGAUUGGCCGGUCAAUUUAUAUUUAUGUUAUUUGUUGUGUAGAAAUUGAGAAAUGUGGGAAUUGGUGGGGAAGGGGACUCCGCAGGUCUAUGCUUUACACUGAUUUCUUCAGUCCGUGCCCGCGGCAGAGGUAAACUGGUAAACACAGUGCUUGCCCUUGUGAAAAGUGAGUUAUUCUCCAAUUUGGCUCUUUGACAUGAGCUGCAGUUUGUGUUCGUUGGAAUGAAGCUUCUGGUAUAUAUUUUGUUCAGAUUUUCUAUUA